AUGGGAAAGUGCAUUCCAAGUUCUAAACAGCUGAGUUUUGGAUCUCAGCUCCUUUGAGAGUUGUGGACCACUCAGACACAAAAUUAUCUUUAAAUAUACAGAUAGGUAUGAGGAAGCCAAGGCCCAGCAGAGCUGAGAUGUGACUGCAGAGCCGUCCAACCCCAGUCCUCUGACCUUUCUCUGUGCCUGAUACCUCUCAGCAUUUGAGGGCCUUUUCUCUUUCUGCUUUAUCUCCAAAGGUCUAGGAGAGAGGUGAAAGAUUUUAGAAAUCUUGAGCCGUGUCUUCAGUAUGCUCUCUGUGAAAUAAGGCUAUCGUUGCUUGGCAGCCAAGAUUUUCACCAGAUUGUGAUUCCCUUAUGACUGUUUGCCUUCCUGGGUAGGAAGUGCUAAAUGGCCUGAUAGUAAACCUGGGAAAGAAAACGGUCUCAACAAUGAGUAGGCCACCCAUCACUACCAACUGCAGAUGACUUGCCAUUUCAUUUACAAAGAUGUCGUCUGCUGCUGAAAAUGGAGAGGCAGCACCUGGAAAACAAAAUGAAGAAAAAACCUAUAAAAAGACUGCAUCAUCUGCUAUUAAAGGUGCUAUUCAGCUGGGAAUAGGAUACACAGUGGGCAAUCUCACUUCCAAGCCAGAACGAGAUGUUCUUAUGCAAGACUUUUAUGUGGUGGAAAGUGUGUUUCUACCUAGCGAAGGGAGCAAUCUGACCCCAGCACAUCACUACCCAGACUUUAGAUUUAAGACAUACGCUCCAUUAGCAUUCCGAUAUUUCAGAGAACUUUUUGGUAUCAAGCCUGAUGAUUACUUGUAUUCCAUCUGCAGUGAACCUCUAAUAGAACUGUCUAACCCUGGAGCCAGUGGAUCCUUGUUUUUUGUGACCAGUGAUGAUGAAUUUAUCAUCAAAACAGUUCAGCACAAAGAAGCUGAGUUUCUUCAGAAGCUCCUGCCGGGCUAUUACAUGAAUUUAAACCAGAAUCCAAGGACUCUUUUGCCAAAAUUUUACGGACUGUAUUGCAUGCAGUCAGGAGGCAUUAAUAUCAGGAUUGUGGUGAUGAACAACGUUUUGCCACGCUCCAUGAGAAUGCACUUUACAUAUGACUUGAAAGGCUCAACGUAUAAGCGGAGAGCAUCCCGUAAAGAGAGAGAGAAAUCCAACCCCACGUUUAAGGACUUAGACUUCCUGCAAGACAUGCACGAAGGGUUGUAUUUUGAUACAGAAACAUACAACGCGCUUAUGAAAACACUGCAGAGAGACUGCCGGGUGCUGGAAAGCUUCAAGAUCAUGGACUAUAGCCUUCUGUUGGGAAUUCAUUUCCUGGACCAUUCCCUCAAAGAGAAAGAGGAGGAGACCUCACAAAAUGUGCCUGAUGCUAAGCGGCCUGGGAUGCAGAAGGUUCUCUACUCAACAGCCAUGGAAUCUAUCCAGGGUCCAGGGAAAUCUGGAGAUGGGAUAAUCACAGAGAACCCAGACACAAUGGGAGGCAUUCCAGCUAAAAGCCAUAGGGGAGAAAAGCUACUUUUAUUUAUGGGCAUUAUUGACAUUCUACAAUCGUAUAGGUUAAUGAAGAAGUUAGAACAUUCCUGGAAAGCUCUUGUUUAUGAUGGGGACACUGUUUCCGUUCAUAGACCAAGCUUUUAUGCAGACAGAUUUCUAAAGUUCAUGAAUUCCAGAGUUUUCAAGAAAAUUCAAGCUUUGAAGGCCUCACCUUCUAAGAAACGGUGCAAUUCCAUCGCCGCCUUAAAGGCGACUUCACAGGAGAUCGUAUCCUCAAUUAGCCAGGAAUGGAAGGAUGAGAAGCGAGAUUUGCUGACCGAAGGACAAAGUUAUAGCAGCCUUGAUGAAGAAGCCCUGGGAUCCCGACACAGGCCAGACCUGGUGCCUAGCACUCCAUCGCUGUUUGAAGCUGCUUCCUUGGCGACCACAAUUUCAUCUUCUUCCUUAUACGUCAACGAGCACUAUUCACACGACAGGCCUACACUCUAUUCAAACAGCAAAGGGUUACCUUCCAGUUCAACAUUUACCUUGGAAGAGGGGACCAUCUACUUGACCACUGAACCCAACACUCUGGAGGUGCAGGAUGACAAUGCUUCUGUGCUCGAUGUCUAUUUAUAAGUGAAAAUGGUGACCACCUUAAGCACAUGGAUGAGACGUGAGCACAGUUGCGGCAGAGAAGUUUCUCCGCACCAGAAUUAUCCACAGCAACUUGGCUGAACCCCACUACACACAGAGAAAUCAUCAACCUGACUUAAGAGUUUUCGAGAUGUCAACUUCAGGCUGAUCAGCAGAUGGGAUGUGAAAAAUACUACCCUAUUCUAUCAUUUGCUGUUGCUUGCUGAACUGUGAAGAACUGCAUGAACUAUAUUUAAGCUGCUUUCUAUACCAUUGCCAAUCACCUUUUUGAACUUGGAAGUGCUAUUUUCCUAUGGACUUUUGCAUUAUUUCAUUGUGCAUGCAUCCAGUGAUUAUACAUAAGCAACAUAUGUAAUCUGCUUAUAUAUUUUUAAAAAUCCAUCCAUGCAAAUGGUAAAUAAAGUAUACAUUCUUUUGCAAAAUUAUAGCUCAUGUCAUUGAAAGUUUAAAUUGGUUUCAUUUAAAGAUCAAUAUACUAGGUCUGCCUCUACUUUAUAGAAAACUAGCUUCUAUAAAGAUUUUUUCACUGUUUACUAGUGAAAUGAGAAAAGCAAAGCUAUUUAUAAAAGGCCUUAUGUCGUGUACAUACAUCGUCUUUGAAAUAUUUGUGAUCUAGUUUAUUGCUUGUAAAAGAGAAAUUAUAUAAUUUAUUUAGUAAAUACUACUGUAAACUAUAGUUUUGUGAGAGAAAUAAAAUAUUUUGUUCUCAA